GCCGGUCCCGGGCGAGGCUUGCAAAACAAAUGCUGUUUGAACAGUUUGAUCUGCCAUGGAAAAACGUGAGGCAUUUGUACAAGCUGUGUCUAAGGAGCUGGUUGGAGACUUUCUGCAAUUUCUUCAACUUGAUAAAGAUACUUCUGACCCUUUCAGCCUAAGUGAGUUACUGGAUGAAUUAUCAAGGAAACAGAAGGAAGAAUUAUGGCAAAGGCUAAAGAAUUUAUUAACAGAAACACUGUUAGAAAGCCCAGUGGAUGGGUGGCAGACAGUGCAAGUCCAGGGUGAAGAUGAUAUGGAAUCAGAGCAUGGUCCAAAAAUGAAAAAUAGCAUAGAAAUAAUUCAUGCGAUUACAUCUGUGAUUCUUGCUUCGGUUUCUGUAAUAAGCGAAAGUGCGAAUUAUGAAGCUCUCCUGGAAUGUGCUGUUAUAUUAAAUGGUAUUUUGUAUGCAUUACCUGAAUCUGAACGAAAGCUCCAGAGCUCCAUUCAGGACCUGUGUGUCAGAUGGUGGGAGAAGGGCCUGCCUGCCAAGGAGGACAUGGGGAAGACUGCUUUUAUCAUGCUGCUGAGGAGGAGUCUGGAGACUAAAACAGGUGCAGAUGUUUGUCGGCUCUGGCGCAUUCAUCAGGCUUUGUACUGCUUUGAUCAUGAUUUGGAGGAAAGUAGAGAAAUCAAAGAGAUGCUGCUUGAGUGCUUCAUAAAUGUUAAUUAUAUCAAGAAAGAAGAGGGAAGAAGAUUUCUUAGUUUUCUCUUCAACUGGAAUGUAAACUUUAUUAAAAUGAUCCAUGGGACCAUCAAAAACCAGUUACAAGGAUUACAAAAAUCUUUGAUGACAUACAUUGCGGAAAUUUAUUUCAGAGCUUGGAAAAAGGCUUCAGGGAAAAUAUUGGAGACCAUCGAAAACGACUGCAUCCAGGACUUCAUGUUCCAUGGCAUCCACCUUCCCAGGAGGUCUCCAGUACACUCCAAAGUACGGGAGGUGCUGAGUUUCUUUCACCAUCAAAAAGUCCGUCAGGGAGUGGAAGAGAUGCUGUACAGAUUGUAUAAACCCAUCCUCUGGAGGGGAUUAAAGGCCAGAAACUCUGAAGUUCGAUCAAAUGCUGCGCUGUUGUUCGUUGAAGCAUUUCCUGUUAGAGAUCCAAGCUUCCACGCCAUGGAAAUGGACAGUGAAAUUCAGAAGCAGUUUGAAGAGCUGUAUAGCCUUUUAGAAGAUCCUUAUCCACUGGUCCGUUCCACAGGCGUCCUUGGUGUUUGUAAAAUAACUUGCAAAUACUGGGAAAUGAUGCCGCCAGCCAUCCUCAUUGACCUCCUGAAGAAAGUUACCGGGGAGCUGGCCUUUGACACAAGUUCAGCUGACGUUCGCUGUUCUGUCUUUAAGUGUCUGCCGAUUAUUUUGGAUAACAAAUUGAGCCACCCGUUGUUAGAACAGCUUUUGCUCGCACUCAGAUACAGUCUCCAUGACAAUUCGGAGAAAGUGAGAGUGGCAUUUGUGGACCUGCUGCUGAAAGUCAAAGCUGUGAGAGCUGCAAAGUUUUGGAAAAUAUGUCCAAUGGAGGACAUUCUGGCCCGACUGGAGAUGGAUUCUCGCCCUGUGUCUCGGCGCCUGGUGAGCCUCAUCUUCAAUUCUUUCCUGCCUGUGAACCAGCCGGAGGAGGUGUGGUGUGAACGCUGCGUGGCGCUGAUCCAGAUGAAUCAUGCGGCCGCCAGGAGGUUCUACCAGUAUGCACACGAGCACACCGCCUGCACCAACAUAGCAAAGCUGAUCCACGUCAUUCGUCACUGCCUAAAUGCCUGCGUCCAGAAGGCCCUUCGAGAGCGCCAGGAGUCUCAGGAGGAGCGGGAGAAGGAGAAUGAGAGUGUCCUGGACAAAACACUCUCAGUGAGUGACAGUGCGUCCAUGGCAGGCUUGCUGGAGACCAUUGUGAUUCUCUGGAAGAGUAUCCACAGGAGUCUGGAGAGUAACAAGGAGGCCAAGGUAUACACCAUCAACAAGUUCGCCUCUGUGCUUCCAGAGUACCUGAAGGUCUUCAAGGAUGAGCGCUGCAAGAUCCCUUUGUUCAUGCUAAUGUCCUUCCUGCCAGCAUCCGCUGUCCCUAUGUUCAGCUGUGGUGUGAUUUCCAUCUUGAGGAACCAGGAGGAAGGUGCUGCAGGCAGGAGUUACUGUACCUUGUUGGAUUGUCUUUGCUCCUGGGGACAGGUGGGGCAUGUUCUGGAGCUCAUUGACGACUGGCUACCUGAGGAACGAGGCUGGGCCAAGAGUAACUUACCAUCUAAACGUAAAGUGCAAAUCCAUGACACACGCCCAGUGAAACCUGAAUUAGCAUUAGUGUACAUGGAAUAUUUGCUGACUCAUCCAAAGAAUCGAGAGUGCCUGCUCUCUGCGCCCCGGAAGAAACUUAACCAUCUUCUGAAAGCACUUGAGCUGUCAAAGGCAGAUCUGGAAUCGCUUCUGCAGUCUUCAGGUGGGAAGUCCCCGAACUUCAGCCAGGCAGCCGCCCUGCGUGCCUUCAGUCUUCACUGUCGGCUGAGCAUCCAUGUCCAGCACAAGUUCUGUUCAGAAGGGAAAGUUCAUCUGUCCAUCUUGGAAGACACUGGGCUUUGGUUACAAAGCAAAGUUUUGCCUCUUCUUCGAGACCAAGAAGAAGAGCACCUGAAGUUGCGGAGGGACGCCUAUCAGCAGAUUAUCCAGACCUACCUGACCGUGUGUAAAGACGUUGUCAUGGUUGGCCUUGGAGAUCCUAAGUUUCAGACACAACUGUUACGGCAGAGUCUUGGAGUCAUGCAAGCAGUGAAAGGAUUUUUUUAUGUUUCAUUACUACUUGGCAUUCUGAAAGAGAUAACUGGGAGUUCCAUGAUUCAGAAAAGAGACUCAGACGAAGACGUUACAGCACUGUUUGACACAGUACAGGAAGUGUUUCAGAAAAUGUUGGAGUGCAUUGCACGGAGCUUCAGGACACAACCAGAAGAAGGCCUUCGGCUCCUUUAUUCUGUGCAGAUCCCUCUUCAUGAAUUUAUAACCACUGUCCAGACUUGGCACAAGGACACUCCGGUCCAUCGUGGGGUGCUUUCUACUCUUAUUGCUGCGCCUGUGGUUGAGAUAAGUCACCAGUUGCGAAAGGUUUCUGAUGUAGAAGAGCUGGCCCUACCACAGUGUCUCUCUGACCUCCCGCCUUUUUCAAGGUGUCUGAUAGGAAUAAUAAUGAAGUCUCCCAACGUGAUGAGGUCAGUUUUGGAUGAGCUAAAGUCAUGUGUGAUGUCUGGCGAUAUUGAAGGCAUUGUGUGCCUCACAGCUGUUCUGCAUAUCAUUUUGGUUAUUAACAAAGGUAAACACAGAAGUUCCAAGGUGAAGGAGACUGCAGCCACUGUGCACAGAAAGCUGAAGACAUUCAUGGAGAUAACUCUGGAAGAAGAUAGCAUCGAGAGAUUCCUGUAUGAAUUGUCAAUGAGAACCUUGGGAGAACUUCUGAACUCAUGACCAAGCCACCAUCUUUGGACACGUAUGAAAGGGGAGAAGGACUCACAAAAGUGAAAUGUGUGUGUUUUUUCCUGUGCUUUUAGUUUAAUUUGUUUUUUGGCUAGGCUAAACCUGGAGGUCCCCUGAGUUUGUGAAUGAAGGGGCCCAGCAUGGAGCUUCCCAAAGGUGAAGACUGCAAACAGCACCAGUCCUGCCACUUGACGCACUAUGCCUCGCUUGUAGCCAGCUGAGAGUGGGCAAGAAGCAGAAUUGGAAGACACUGGCGAGGAGUUCAUUCCCCCUGAAAUGAAGAGUGUGCCACUGUGGUAGAAAUAGCCUAGUAACAGGUGCUGGGACAGAGCUGGCCUGUGAUACCCAUUGGUGUGUUGUCUGUUUGGAACUGGCUUCUCUCUGGCCUCUCUGCAGGGCUGCCAUUACUCACACAGGACCUUUGUGCAAAUGAGGAAAGAGAUAUUUCACUGUCAUCUGUUGUGCAUUUGUAACAUACACAGAUCUACAGCUUCUAAUGCAAAAAGUGUCCUUGCAUAGUGGCACUUGUGCAGUGCCGUGCCUUUACAUAUGAACUGAGCCACCACAUCCAGCAGGCAAUAGCCUUCUCCCACUGAAGGUCAUUAUAAGCUCGGAGAGAACAAAUGAAUUUGAGCGUUGCUCUGAACCAUACAUAAAAAGGAAUACAGAGCACUAAUGCAUAGCGCCCCAAAGACAGAAUUGAGCUGAGACCUGUGCUGGAGUUAAUUGCUGCCUAAAGACUGUUGUCCUUCCUGAGGACCAUGGCAGGGACUGGUUGGCCUUGCUCAGUGGAUGCACAUGCACACACAUGGCCCCUUGCCCUGCUUGACCUUUUCCUGUUGACAACUCACGAUUUCUUAAAGGUUUUCC